AUCUUCACUUUCACUUCUCUGCAUUAUCACUAGGGUUUCUUCUUUUCUCAGCGCCGCACUCUCCCACUCUCUCUCAACCAACAAUGGCAGAUCGCGGAGGAGCUCCAGCUGGUGAUCGUGGUGGUUUUGGCAGAGGAUUUGGAGGAAGAGGUGGCGGACGUGGCGGAGAUAGGGGAAGAGGCCGUCGUAGAUCGGGAGGCCGACGUGAAGAAGAAGAAAAAUGGGUUCCCGUCACCAAACUAGGCCGUCUCGUGAAAGAAGGCAAAAUCCGCAGCCUCGAGCAGAUCUACCUCCACUCUCUUCCCAUCAAGGAGCACCAAAUCAUCGACACACUCGUUGGUCCAACUCUGAAAGACGAAGUGAUGAAAAUCAUGCCGGUUCAGAAGCAGACCAGAGCCGGUCAACGAACCCGGUUCAAGGCUUUUGUUGUCGUUGGUGAUAACAAUGGGCACGUUGGGCUUGGGGUGAAGUGUAGUAAGGAGGUUGCUACUGCGAUUCGCGGUGCGAUUAUUCUUGCGAAGCUUUCGGUGAUUCCGGUGAGGAGAGGGUAUUGGGGGAAUAAGAUUGGGAAGCCGCAUACUGUUCCAUGUAAGGUUACUGGGAAAUGUGGAUCUGUUACUGUUAGGAUGGUUCCGGCGCCUCGUGGUUCGGGGAUUGUGGCGGCUAGGGUUCCUAAGAAGGUUUUGCAGUUUGCUGGGAUUGAUGAUGUUUUUACUUCCUCUAGAGGAUCUACCAAAACCCUCGGCAAUUUCGUCAAGGCUACUUUUGACUGUCUGCUGAAAACCUAUGGUUUCUUGACACCUGAAUUCUGGAAAGAGACUCGCUUCAGUAAAUCUCCAUUCCAAGAAUACACAGAUCUAUUGGCCAAGCCAACAGGAAAGACCUUGAUCUUGGAGGAAGAGAGGGUUGAAGCUUGAGUUUUACAUGUUUUUUUGUUUUAUUUCUUAAUCUAUUUUAAGCAUGUUAGGAGCUUUCAUACUUUGAUCCCUACGUGGUUUGCUUUAUUUUUGAGGAACAGAAUAUCUUUUUACUUUGCAUUUUUGGUUGUUUCAACUUCUAAGUUAUAAUUGGAUGGAUCUUUGCUUAUUUUAAAA